AUGAAAUCGGCUAUGCAAUUGUCAGAUGCUGAGAAAACUGUUGUUGCUAUCACUGAUGAUGGUAAUGAAGGUCCUCUUGAAGAUACUCCUCCUCCUGACUACUCUCUGUUUGCCCGUGUAAUAACAAAUAAAAAAGUCUGGCUCUCAACAUUCCAACGUCAAAUGGCCCAACACUGGGACGGUCGAUUUAAGGUUAAUAUUAAAGAACACUAUUCUGGGUUGUUCAUUCUCUAUUUUGGGUGCGAAGGGGAUCGAUUUCGUGCUCUUGAAAAGGAACCAUGGCAUUUUCAAGACCAUCACAUUGUUCUCUACCCACCAAUGGAUAUGCACAAUGUCACCCCUGAAUCUAUGAUCCUUUCUCCUUUUUGGGUGCAAGCCUACCGCCUGCCCUUCCUCAGUAAGUCGAAAUCCUUGGCGAGAUCAUUAGGAAACUUACUAGGAGAGUUUAUUUCUGUCCAUGAGGACUCGUUGAAUGAGGGCUGGGGUCCAUUUUUACGAUUCCGGGUUCGACUGGAUAUUACUAAGCCUUUGCUUAGGGGUAAGAUGAUCACUUUACCACGAGUUCGAGAUGAGUUCUGGGUGGAAUUCCGUUAUGAACGUCUUCCGGAGUAUUGUAUGGAGUGUGGUAUCAUUGGCCACUUAUACCAGAAAUGUCCUAUAUUUCUUGAGCAAUUAGACAAUGGUAUUGAUCCGGAACUGCCAUAUAUGGACCUAUGUUGA